AUGAAAAAGUAUAUUUUAUUAAUAUUUAUUUCUACAGUUUUAAACUGUUGUUUAGGUGGUCAGUUUUUUGGAAAUAUUUCAAAUGAUCUAAAAAACCUUAAACCAACAUCAAAAGCUUUUGGUUAUUUUCUUAAUUUAGAAAACAUUAAUGAAUUCUACUUUUCAUAUCAAGAUUUUAAUGAAAAUUUUACAUACACCGGUUUGUUUUUAUGGGAUAAAGAUUUACAAUUCGCCGAGUAUGAUCCAGAAUUAAGAACGGUUAGGGAAAUCGAAAUACCAUCAGCUUUAUUAGAUCUUAAAAGCCUAGAUAUUAAAAAUAAGUUUUAUGAUGACGAAUUAAAUUUAUUACUUAUGACCACAGUAAAUAAUUCUAUUUAUGUAUAUAGUUUUGAAAAAAAUUCACAUUAUUCAUUUUAUGUUGAUUUUGAUAAUACAACUGAAUCAACUAGUUUAAAAGAUGCUUAUUAUGAUAUCAAAGAGAAAGUAUUUGUAUUUUCAAAAACAUUGCCAUUGCAAGUAUUUAGAUUAGAUGUUUUAAAAAACACAACUGAAAUGUUUAAUAUCAAAGGUGUAUUUAUUGGUCAAAAUUUAAAAAGCUAUGUGUCAUCUUAUAAAAACCAAUUUGUUUUUUUAGGAAAGAAUGAAACUAAUCCAGUUAUGAUGUUAUACCAAUUCAAUACAAAUACCAAAUCAUUAGAACUUUUAUUCCAAACCGAUAAAAAAGUAAAAUAUAGUAGUAUUAAUUUGGUUAGAGGUUUGAACCCACGUUUUGUUUAUUUCAGUAAUAUUAAUACUAAUGCAGAGGGUUACUUGUUUGAUUUAGAAACAAAAACUAUAGAAUCUUUCAACACAAUUAAAAAAAACCGCCAUUAUGAAUACAGUAUAACAAGCGAAGUUUCUAACGAAUUUUUAACCUCAAUAGUCCCAAAUUUCCGUUAUGUACCUGUAGCUUAUGACUCUUCAUAUUAUUAUGAAUAUGUAAACACCGCAUUAUCGGUCAAUAGUUUUAAUCUUUCAUUAGGAUUUAUUAUAUUACUAUCAUCAUUAUUAUUUAUUUAA